AUGUCGAAAUUUGCCAGGCUUUUAAGGUUUCUGGAGGACGAUGAGCCUACUGACGACGAGCAGGUCUCAGCCAACCUUUAUGAACAACGGAUUAACGCGUUUCAGAACGUGCCGAUCUUCUCCUCAGCUGUCAGCGAUUUCUUUGAAUCAAUCUUGCCUCAGAAAGGCCCCGCAACAAAUCUCACUCCCCAGUAUGGACUGAUGGGAGUUCGCCAGGAUGCCAGCACCAAACCUCCCGAAGAUCGCCUGAUCCUUGCAAACUUCAACACCCCUUGGUCUGCAUUCAUAUGCGGCUCCCAAGGUGCCGGCAAAAGCCACACCCUGUCAUGUCUCUUAGAAGGUGCCCUUCUGAGGAACAAUGAUGCUGGCGAGCUCCCUAACCCCUUGGCUGGGAUGGUCCUUCAUUAUGACAAUUACUCCAAUUACACCACAACUCAGCUUUGUGAGACAGCCUAUCUGUGCUCUUCAGGCAUCCCGGUGAAGGUUCUUGUGUCUCCCUCUAACAUUUGGGCUAUGAAGCGGUUGUAUAAUAACCUUCCAGGACUACACCCGGACUCGCCACGCCCCAAGGUACUACCGCUGUAUUUCACGGAGCACCAGUUGGACAUCUCCAGGAUCCUCAAACUCAUGGCUGUCGAUCCAGUAGCCAAAGAUGUGCCACUUUACAUGGAAGUCGUCAUGAACAUCAUCCGCGAGAUGGCCAUGGAAGGAACUGGAUUCACUUAUGCGGGAUUCCAUAAACGUAUCAAUGAAAUAUCCUGGGUCAGAGGCCAAGAUAUGCCCUUGAAAAUGCGCAUGCAGCUUUUGGAUGCUUUUCUCGCCCCUUCCUCCCUAACAAAAAUCACGAAGCCAGCGUUUGCAGACCAAGAUAUCUGGGAUUUUGAGCCGGGUAGCUUGACUAUUGUCGACCUUAGUGACCCCUUCGUCAGCUCUGAUGACGCGUGUUCUCUAUUCUCCAUCUGCAUUUCUAUCUUCCUAGAGGAACGUAGCCGAUGUGGACGGGUCCUGGCAUUGGAUGAAGCCCACAAGUUCCUCGCACAGACCGGCGAAGCUCGAUUACUCACCAGUGACUUGACGUCGAUUAUUAGACAGCAGAGACACACGGGUACGCGCGUGCUUAUCGCAACUCAAGAACCUACCCUUUCUCCUGAGCUGAUAGACUUGGCCAACGCAACCUUCGUCCAUCGUUUCUUGUCACCCGCCUGGUACGAAAUUCUGAAGAAACAUCUCGCUGGUGCCAAUAAACAAGACUCUGGCUCUAAAAACACGCUCUUCGAUACUAUCGUCACCCUCGGAACGGGCGAGGCUCUGCUUUUUUGUCCUACUGCACAAGUUGACAUCGAGACUUCCAGAGAGGGUACCGAACAGGUCGAAUCAUUGGGUAAUGGCUACAUCAAGCUCAAGGUUCGGAAGCGCUUGACUGCGGACGGAGGCAGAAGCAUUCUGGCCUCUGAUUCAUCGAUCCACGUUACGGGCCCGGCAACUGCAGAUGACGUUCUCAUGUAUAUUGUACCUGAGAAGGCGUCGGGUAGUGGGAAAUCUGGUGCAAAGAAUGCGGCAAAGACGGGAUUGGGUCCGAAAGCCGCGAAGGUGCCAAACAUUAACACCACGCACGGCCAGGAUCAUUCGAACGCGAAGGCAAACACGAGUGCUAGAUAUGCUAAAGUCAAGAACAAGCCAUGCGGGAGUUAA